AAGUUCAAACCCUACUGAACUUUUAAAAUCCCUUUUAUAGCGAAAUCAAUUUGAUCCGAAGCUCUCUUCCCAGCCACUUCAAUGGCGAUUCCGACUCCGCUGAUUGCUUUUCUGGUAGCGUCUGCGUGCGUGAUUUUAUUGGAAGCAGCCAGCGACACAAACAACGUGUACUCGCCGUGCACCGACACGGCGGUCCAGAGGUCCGACGGGUUUACAUUUGGAAUCGCGUUUGCGGCGGUGACGGCCUUCUUCAACAACAAUGUUCAACUCUCUCCGUGCGACAGCCGUCUCUCGCUCUCCUCAGCCAACUCACAGAUUUCUGUUUUUCGCCCUAAAGUCGACGAGAUCUCUCUCCUCACCGUCAACACUUCCAGUUUCUCGCCGGAUUCUGUUGGAGGUUACAUGGUAGCAUUUGCCGGUCUAAAACACGCAGCGAGGUCAUCUCCAGCUUUCGUUGCAAACAGCUCUUACAUCGUCACCAGUUUCACUCUGGCUCUUGAAUUUAAGAAGGGUAGGCUGCAAAACUUGUAUUGGAAAAGAGACGGAUGCUCAUCUUGCUCGGGAAAAUCCAACUUCGUCUGCCUCAACAAUCAAGACUGCGCCAUCCGAACCAACGACUGCAAAAACCAUGGGGGAUCUGUCGACUGUAGCCUCGGGAUACAGCUGGCAUUUUCUGGCACAGACAAGCACGAAUCCGUUUUAAACUCUUGGUACGAGGUUAAGAACCUUCGCCAGUAUUCUCUCUAUGGCCUUUAUUCGAAUCUCAGAGAUUCUCUCACGAGUCAGUACAACAAUUUUUUCAAAUUCUAAAUUCCAUUCUCUUCGAUGUCAUGUCAUGUAUCAGAAUACUUGGAUUAUCCCAAUGAAUACUGCUUGAAUGCUAA